CUAAGCUUUGUGAACUUGUUAAGGUCUUCUUCUUUUUCUGUCUCUAUCUCUCUCCCCUCUUAUUCUUUCUGAGUCACCAUGGAAACUCAAGCUCCUGCUGAAGAUUCAUACGAUAAACUUAUGGAAGAGAAAAGAGCAAGAGAGAAAGAAAUCGACGCUUGGCUUCCGAUAACAUCAUCAAGGAAUGCAAAGUGGUGGUACUCUGCUUUUCACAAUGUCACAGCUAUGGUUGGUGCCGGUGUUCUUAGCCUCCCUUAUGCCAUGGCUCAGCUUGGCUGGGGACCGGGUGUGGUGAUUCUAAUUUUAUCAUGGAUCAUAACACUAUACACACUAUGGCAAAUGGUGGAGAUGCACGAGAUGGUUCCAGGGAAACGUUUCGACCGUUACCAUGAGCUUGGACAACACGCGUUUGGAGAGAAGCUUGGACUCUACAUAGUCGUUCCACAACAGCUGAUCGUGGAAGUCGGCGUUUGCAUCGUUUAUAUGGUCACAGGAGGGAAAUCUCUGAAGAAAUUUCAUGACCUCGUAUGCAAAGAUUGCAAAUCGAUCAAACUCACUUAUUUCAUCAUGAUCUUUGCGUCCGUACACUUCAUCCUGUCUCAUCUGCCUAACUUCAACUCCAUAUCCGGCGUCUCUCUUGCUGCCGCCGUGAUGUCUCUCAGCUACUCCACAAUCGCGUGGACGGCCUCAGCCGCUAAAGGCGUUAAAGAAAACGUUGAAUACGGUUACAAAGCAAAAUCUACAGUAGGAACAGUGUUCAACUUCUUCAGCGCGUUAGGAGACGUGGCGUUUGCUUACGCAGGACACAACGUUGUCCUAGAAAUCCAAGCCACGAUCCCAUCAACGCCAGAAAAGCCCUCGAAAGGACCAAUGUGGAAAGGUGUCGUCGUUGCAUACAUUGUCGUCGCGCUUUGUUACUUCCCCGUCGCGCUUGUUGGUUACUGGAUGUUCGGUAACUCUGUCGACGACAACAUUCUUGAAACGCUCGAGAAACCGGCUUGGUUAAUCGCAACCGCAAACAUGUUUGUUGUGAUUCACGUCAUUGGUAGCUACCAGAUAUAUGCAAUGCCGGUUUUUGAUAUGAUGGAGACUGUAUUGGUUAAGAAGAUGCACUUCAGACCGAGUUGGUAUCUCCGGUUCGUUGUCCGUAAUUUCUACGUUGCCGCAACAAUGUUUGUUGGUAUGACGUUUCCGUUUUUUGGCGGUUUAUUGGCGUUUUUUGGUGGAUUUGCGUUUGCUCCGACAACAUAUUUCCUUCCUUGCGUAAUGUGGCUUGCGAUAUACAAACCAAAGAGAUACAGUUUGUCUUGGUGGACCAACUGGAUAUGCAUUGUCUUUGGCCUUUGCUUGAUGAUUCUAUCGCCAAUUGGAGGGCUAAGGACGAUCGUUAUUAACGCUAAGGACUACAAGUUUUACUCGUAGACUGCAACAAUGCGAAGAACAUUUGAAUCAUUUAUGGCUCUGAAACACGUUUAAAGCUUAAAGUUUGUUUUACAAGUUAAAGUUACAUGUUUGAUUUGUUAAUUCUCACGAUGUCUGGUUUGAUUAUUUUGAAUAAUUUCUAUAGUUUGAAACACAAA